CUCUUAGCCGGACAACAUGGCGGCUUCAGUGGCAUUAGAGCGGAGCUUCACCGAGCUGACAGGGGCCGAGCGAGAAAUCAGGAGGAACUUCAGGGAUCUCACCAUCCAGCCCGAUGUCACUCCUAUUAUUGGAAGCCCAAAAUAUAGUGAGAGUGCUGGGGGCUACUAUUACCAAGAAAACAGCAGUCUUUUGUCAGCAACAAGGAACAGGUUCAUACACUGGACUUGCCAUGAUGAUACAGUGGAGCUGGUGGAAGAGUCUCUGGAUAUGAAUCUCCUGAACAAUGCCAUCCGCCUUAAAAUUCUCAACUGCUGCAUGUUACCUGGAGGGGUGCAUGUCUGCGAAACAGACAACAAUGUGGUCAUUAUGAUUGUAACUAACCAGACGGUGCACAGGCUUGUCCUGCCACAUCCUUCUCGCAUGUACAGAAGUGAAAUAAUUGCAGAUAGUCAGAUGCCGUCUGUUUUUACAGAUAUUAUGAGGGCGAAUGUUAGGGAUUCAUCUAAUAGUUAUGUGAUUCCGGUAGUUCCUGGGCGGGCUCAGAACUCUACUGCCUCUACAGCCUGGGUGAGCAGUGACGGGGAGGCCCUCUUCGCAGUUCCUUCUACAGCUGGUGGCAUUUUAAUUAUUAAGUUGCCACCUUAUGGAUCUGAUGGUGUGGUGACCAAUGUCGAGCUGAAGCAAAGCUCAGUCAUGCAGCGAAUCCUGACUGGUUGGAUGCCUUCUUCAAUACGAGGUGACCAGGGCCCAGCUCACCUUCCUGUGAGUCUAGCAGUACAGUAUCUUGAGCAAGAUGCUCUCCUCUUCGCGUUGUGUCAAGAUCAUAAAUUACGCAUGUGGUCCUACAAGGACCAGAUGUGUCUUAUGGUAGCGGACAUGCUGGACUUUGUGCCUGUCAGCAAGACUCUCCGCCAAACAGCUGGAAAUGGACAUAAGCUAAGGCUGGCUCACUCUACCGCCUUAGGACUUUACCUUGGAGUAUAUUUGCACGCACCCAGACAAGGACAGUUCUCUGUGUUCCAGUUGGUAUGUGCUGAAAGCAAUCGUUACAGUCUAGAUCACAUCUCGUCAAUAUUCACAAACCAGGAAACUCUGGUUGAUUUUACUUUCACUCUGACAUCUACUGACAUCUGGGCUUUGUGGCUCGACGAAGAAAGUCAAACAAUUGUAAAACACAUUAAUUUCGAGCAUAAUCAAGCUGGUCAGUGGAACCAAGUUAUUACAAACCCCCUACCAGAAGAAGAACUAAGCAUUGGAGAUGAGCAAGACCCAAGGGAAACCUACUUAGACUGUCUGUUUGCCCCAGGACGGUUUACUGUUGCUGCUCUGAUUAAAGCUAUACAGAUUAUGCAAAGAACAGGAGGGCAGUUGCUGAAUAUGUCUUGGGAAGAGUUGAAAAAAGAGGUCACUUUUACUGUUGAAAAUGAGCUCCAUAGCAGCCUUUCAGUUUAUGAAAUGCCUGAGGAGGAAUUCCGUGAAUUACAAGUGGAGUACUGGUCUAAAUUCUACACCUGCUGCUUACAGUACCAAGAAGCACUCUCUCGUCCCCUGGCACUCCUUGUGCAUCCUCAAACCACCAUGGUCUGCCUACUAAGAAAGGGUUUUCUGUCGUUCUUGGCUCCAUAUCCAUUGGUCGAUCAUCUAUAUCUUUUACCCACUGAGAACCUGCUUCUUGAGGAUGAAAGUGUGAUCUCUGAUGAUAUGGACGUUGCCAACGACACAAUCUGCCUGAUACAAUGUCUUCGGAUGAUUGGAGAUUACAUAUCUACAGAUAUGGCAUUUCUGAUGGAGAGUGCCUGCUGCCAACUGCAAGCCCCGGAGAGAGUCGCAGAGCAAAUCCUACAGGAUAUGAUCACCAAUGACAUGGAAGACACUAUGGUGGACAUUCACAGUAAAGUUCAGGACAUCAGAAACCCAAUCCAAACCAUUAAUUUCUUACUUCGAGAGAUGGAUUACGAAACUGGCAUUGAAAUGGACCAGUCAGACCUAGCUCAGACUGCAAACUUGAGAAUGAAUCUUGGUAAUCUCUAUGGAAGCACCACUGCUGCCAGCCUUGUGAGUCAGGCAGUUGGCAAAAUUGCCACAACAAGAUUCCUGAUUUGCCGCGACUUGCUGAUUCUCGAGUAUCUUUUGCUGAGGAUGGGAGAUGCUGCUUUUGUUGGAGGAGGGCAGCUCCUUCAGUCUCAGCAAGACCUUAUACCCCGAACUUCUCACACCCUCUUGUCCUAUUACGUAAUUCGCUGGGGAUGCCAGUGUCUCGCUUCUACUGUGCCAGUUGAUGUAUUGGAGUCCAACUUACAGCAUUUAUCAGUCUUGAAGCUGUCUGAUACUCCAGCAUCUACUCCAGGACGCACAUACAUUUCUGGUCCCCAAACCGUUGUGGAAUUAUUCUUCCAGGAUGUAGUUAGAAGACGAAUAUCCCAGACCUUGGUGCGCUCUGGUGCUGUCCAGGCUCAGAAUCCUCUGAACUGGACCCAGAUCAUCACAGAUGUAACUGGUUAUCUUCUACAAAAUCUAUGGCCAAGUAAUCCCGGCUUCCUUUUCCCAGAGUUUUUGAUGAGAACCUGUCAGUACACACAGCUACAGGAAUAUGUUCGUCUGCUUCAGCCAUGGUGCCAAAUCAAUUUGGGUUCUUGCUGCUUUAUGAUGGGGCAGUGUUAUCUGGUCACUGGAGAAGGACAGAAGGCGCUAGAAUGCUUCUCCCAGGCGGCUUCUGAGGUAGAACGAGAGGAGUUCUUGGAGAGAUUAAUCAGUGUAGAAGAUGGAGAAGUUUCAUCUGUACAUCGUCUUCAGUAUUACAACAAAGUGCUGUGUUUGCUGGAAGAUGUUGGCCUGCCAGAACUGGUGAUACAGUUUGCUAAUCUGGCAGUAGUUGAAGCUGGCGAUGACUGGAAAAGUCAGGCCACGCUACGGACCCUCAUAUUCAAACACCUUUUAGACAUGGAAAACAAUUGCCAAGCAUAUGAUGCGUUGACUCAGAUACCAGACUCAAGCAGACAGCUGGAUUGCUUGCGGCAGCUGGUCAUAGUUUUGUGUGAACGCUACCAACUUCAAGACCUUGUAGAAUUUCCAUAUAUAAAUCUCCAAAAUGAAGUGGUCAGUAUCAUUGAAUCACGGGCUCGUUCUGUGGAUCUGAUGACGCACAGUUACUAUGAACUCUUGUAUGCUUUUCAUAUUCAUCGGCAUAAUUAUCGCAAAGCUGGCACUAUAAUGUUUGAAUAUGGGAUGCGCCUUGGAAGGGAGGUUCGGACACUAGAAGGACUGCAAGAGCAAGUGAAUUCUUAUCUGGCAUGUCUGAACUGUUUGCGCCUUAUUCGCCCCAAAUAUGCGUGGAUAGUUCAGCCUGCGUCGGGAUCUGUGUAUGAACGUGCAGGAUCAUCCCCCAAAAGGAACCACGAUGGAGAACCUCCUGUUGUCCCUAGAAGUAGCCAAAUUGAGAUUCUGGAGCUAAAGGACUUGGAGAAGGAGUAUGUUCUAUCUCAGACACGCCUCACUUUGGCACAGUGGGAUCAGAGUACUGCGGCUGUUGCAGGGAGAGCAUCGGCAGAGGAAAUGGUAUCUCUCCUGGUCCAGGCUGGUCUGUUUGACACGGCUAUUCUAAUCUGCCAGACCUAUAAUCUAUCUCUUACACCUAUUUUUGAAGGCCUCGCAUACAAAUGCAUCAAAUUACAACACAACGGAGAAUCUGCACAGACUGAAGCUUGGCAGUGGCUGGCAGCAAACGAACGGUCAUCAGUUAUCACGACCAAGGAGUCCAGUGCAACAGAUGAAGCCUGGCGCCUGAUGACUUCCUACUUGGAAAAAUAUGAAUCACAAAACGGCCUGUACCAUCGCUGUGUCAUCAAUAAACUGCUGUCACAUGGCAUUCCUCUGCCCAACUGGUUAAUCAACAGCUACAAGGCAGUGGAUGCAGCUGAACUUCUUCGUCUUUACUUGAAGUAUGAUCUUCUAGAUGAAGCUUCCGAGCUUGUCUUGGAAUAUACAGACGCCCUUUUGGGAAAAGGUCACCAAUAUUUUAGCAUUGAAAAACCGCUAAGUGUUACAGCUCCAUUGGUAUGGCUUCCGUACUCUUCUAUAGAUAAUCUGCUGCAGGCUUUGUCAGAGAACAGAAACAAUCAACACAACACAGAUCUUCUGAACAAGAUUAACAGAAAGCUGGAUGAUUACUUUCACAAACUUGAAGUUGCCACAAGGCUCCUUCCCUUAAGUCGCAGCUAACACAGGAUUCAACUUUAGAAAACCCAGGAAAGGAAUGACGGACAGGGCCAGGCUGGAAACCUAUUUGUACGGUGUUCAUACUUUUAAUUGAACUCUGAAUUUAUAUGUUAUCACAAUUCGUUAUUUUUUGUAAAAAAAAUCUAAUAAAUUUCAACGUAUUUUGUAUUA